AUGGCCAAGAUGUCAACCCCUCGGGAGAUGACGGACGAGGAGCUCAAGAUCCUCAUGUCAAACUUUUCCGCGAUUGUCCGAGUAUCCAAUGAAGCUGCUGAGAGGGAGAAGUUGAAGAUGUUGAAUGAGGCAGAAUGCUGCCUGGCUUUUGAUGACAUCGUCGGCUUCAUUUUUUCUGAUUCAAAAGAGGGGCUUCUAAGAUUGGAAAAGGCUGUUCCUCUACCACGCAACCUUAUCGAAGACCUUUUCCAGGCAGGCUCCGAAGAUGAGGCAUCAGUGCAGGUGACCGAUGUACCAUCUUCCCUGGACACCCUUCUAUACUUCUCCACAGUGCCCGAGAUUGUUUUCCCUUCCAGUACAGACACUUUCCAGCAAUCACUCCAGAACAAAGUCCACGAGUACCUCACAAACACGCUCAAAUCAGUGCACACUGAUAUCACGUUGAAUCAACAAUAUCUCAGGGAAGCCUUGGACAUUUGGGAAUCCAAACAGAAUCGAAAUGAUGUCCUCGAGUGUGCUUAUACAGAUUUUAAUGCAGCCAUCUGUGACGCAGUUGUGUCUGUGCAGCCCUGUGCUGACUCUCUUCCACCGGACCUUGUUCAAGACCUCAGGUUUUUUGCAGCUGGGAGGGACUUGGAAGAUGGCAUCCUUCAAGAAGAGAUACCUUUGAUAUAUGAACGCACCCAAAUCAAUCAUCCUGAGCGCAUAGCGAUGGAUAAAUAUAUUGUUGAUUUGGUUGAAGAAAUAAAAAAAAUGUCUCCUGAUGCCUCAUGGUUGCCAGAAACGACGUCUACAAUGGAGAAUUUGACUAAAUUCUCGGUUCACACUGAUCAGCAAGGUUCCUCGAGUCAACAAGACAGCACAAUUCGGAGCGAUAACUUUGCUUCGGUCUUGAAUCUCCCUUUCCUCUUUUUCGAGUACAAAGUAUUCGAUGUUCCAUGUGGAGGUGUGCAUCAAGCAUCCUUUCAUCUCACCUCCGCUAUCCAGUACCUCGCGAUGCUCGGCAUCUACAAUUUUUGGGUUUUCGCCGUCGCUACGACUGGGCACACAGCCCGACUUCUAUCUGCUUGUGGCGAGGUGCCAACAGAAAAGUCCCGGAGUUCCCUCAAUGACUCUUGA